AUGCCAAAGCGUGGCUAUAAGAAGAAUAGUGAUACCUCUGAGACUCAAAGCCUGGACCCCACUUUUGGACAGACUAAAGCCUUCGCAGUUGCGGAUCCGUUGGUAAAUCCAGAUGCAAUCGCUUAUUUAAACAGUGUACGAGAAGAGGCAUUACGGACAACGGCUCUCAGUACUGAAAGAAGCAGUCAAACUAAUGAGAAAAGAGUAGACAAAGGCGCUCUCUACGAUGAGGAGCCUGUACUUAAUCCAGAAUUUCUCAGGUUCACAAAGUUGCAAGAUACAUGGCACGAUUGGUUUCUGAAACUAAAGUCCAAUAUUGGUACAGAAGGUUAUCGGUCUAGUGGGUACGACGAGAAAUCUCUUGAUCUUCUUGUUGCAUAUUUCAAGAAAUAUAUAGAGACAAAAGACAAGGAAGAAGACCCGACUAUUGCAGCACUGCUUUCAGCCUUAAGGGAUGUACCGCAUCCAGAGGAUGAUGAUGAAUCAUUGACAAUAGACGAAGAAUGGGCAGAGAAGCUAUUGCAUCGCUUGCAAGCUAAAAAGGCACAACUUCCAAAAGACAGCACAGAUUUGAAGAAACUUAUGACUGAGCCAGAUGAACUACCCCGAAAUUUCAAUGCUUGGUACUACUACAUAACCAACAAUGACCCGUCAUUUUUAACACUUGAACGGAUGAGCCCCGGACAGGUUGUCAAACUAGCCAGCUACAUGGCACAAUGGAUUGCGGAAGUCACAAAGAACAAAAACGAAAAGCGCAUCACACAGUGGCUUCUUUUCAUUCUCCUUUAUCUUCCAGAUAGGUUGCCUGCCCAGGAAAUCAGCAUGGUGAGACUCCUUGGGAAGAAAGCAAGGGCUAUGAAACUUAAAAGCGUGAAAGAGAAAGAGCCAUUACAUGACCUAGAACUCAUUCCAGUAAUUUUCAAUGGAGAAAAGCCUGGAUCUUUUUCUGUGGUUGAUCUCACUCUUGUUGUGGUGGGGCUGACAUAUGGACAGAGGGAUCUACUAUCAUGGGAAAGUGAGUGA